AUGGGUGAUAAUGCUAACAGGUUCUAUGACAGAUUUGUCAUUUGGAGGAAGCCUAUUUUACCUUUUGUUAAACUGAAUUCGAAUGGUUCUGUGAGGAAUUCUAAUGCUAGGGCUGGUGGUAUUAUUCGGGAUUACCAGGGUGUGGUGCUUGCAGCUUUUGCAAGCCCUUUGCAUCCUUGCUCUGUCCUGACUACUGAACUGUAUCGUUUAUCAUAUGGCAUUGAUAUUUGUAAUAAAUUGGGUUUUGUUAAUGUGUGGAUUGAGGUUGAUGCUCAUCUGAUUAUUCAGAUUUUGAACAACCAGGGCCUGGUUAACCAUCAUAAUUUUUAUUUGCUUAGGAAGAUUAAAAAGUCUCUUUCUAACAUCAACUAUACUAUCUCUCACAUUUUCCGGGAAGAUAAUGCUUGUGUUGACUGGUUGUCUAAUUUAGGGUGCCAUAUUGAUGAUUAUCAAGAUUUGAAUAUUAGUAACUUAGAUCCGAUUUUGAAAGGCAUGAUUAACCUUGAUAAAAUUGCUCUUCCUUAUAUUAGACAUGUUUAA